GCAAUGAUAAAAACAUCCCCGUGAAUAGCCUAAUGUGUAAGGCUGUUUUUUUUUUCAUGAAUCAUGAGCAAGUUACUAGGGUCUCUCAACGAAAAACGGAGAUUGAAACAUGCCAUAAGUCUAGAGCAACAGAUCGCGAAAGAGAAGCAAGACUCCUUCUGGGACCUUACGGACAUUCUAACACGAGAACAAGAGCUGAAGAAUGAGGUUUUGAACAGUAAGCUGAAACGACAGACCUUCGCUCUCAAAGAAGAGUCCAGACGACUAGAACACCUGAUGAUUGUUGGACACAGACUUGAACAGGAGAAAGACGACGAUCUUGACUCACAGACGACUACAAACAGCACAACAGUUACUCAGAACGGAAGACACAAGCUCACAGUGUCAAAUCUAUCAGUCUACUGGCAGGACCAAGAUGGGGAAUCCGGCGGGAUUUCACCCGGUCCAGUCCGGAGGGUUUAUCACUGGUUCCAGCGGUUUGUUUAUGUUCCUGUCAGGGAAAAACUUGACCAGCUCAAGACUUCGUUUCUAGAGAUUAUAAACAACAGGAGCACAGUCAAGCGGUCCACAACAGCAAUAACCCGUGAACUCAAGACGAGAUAACAGAACUGAAUUCUACAUCUGCAAAAAUGAACGCGCGCGUGUGUGUGUGUG